GGCGGCUUCCGUCGUUGGGACGAGUUGCCUCGAGUCACAGGGCGGGUGGCAAGGAAGGAAGGAAGUUGGGUUAUUUUCCCUUCGUUCUUCUUUCCUCUGAGGAGAAAAAAACGGCUAUUAGAGGGAAUUAAUUAGGAAUAGAGAGUGGAAGAGGAGGAGGAGAGGGAGGGGGCGGCAGUUUGGAAACCCAGGCGGGGCGCUGAGGAAGGAAAACAAUCCGAGAGGGAUGCGUUUCGCCCCCAACACCGUCGCCGCUGCUUCCACCGCCGCGGCCGCUGCUUCCACGGGAUCUUAAAGCGGUACCUCGUCGCUUCUUGGCCCUCUUCUUCUUCUUCUUCUUCCCCGCUCAGCGGCGGCAUGAGCUUGGCUUCGACUUGAGCCACGCUCCUCGGCUGUAACCGUCCUCUUCUGCUUCUUCUUCUCCGGCGACGAUGGGGGUGAACGCGGUGCACUGGUUCCGCAAGGGGCUCCGUCUCCAUGACAACCCGGCCCUGAGGGAGGUCAUCCAAGGGGCCGACACCGUCCGCUGCGUCUACAUCCUCGACCCCUGGUUCGCCGGCUCUUCCAACGUCGGCAUCAACCGCUGGAGGUUUCUGCUUCAGUGUCUUGAAGAUUUGGAUGCAAACUUACGGAAGUUAAAUUCUCGAUUAUUUGUCAUUCGGGGACAGCCUGCAGAUGUGUUUCCUAGGCUCUUUAAGGAAUGGAACAUCGCAAAACUUUCUAUUGAAUAUGAUUCUGAACCAUUUGGGAAAGAAAGAGAUGCCGCAAUUAAGAAGUUGGCUAGUGAAGCGGGAGUGGAGGUCAUUGUACGGAUUUCACACACGCUAUAUGAGCUAGACAAGAUUAUAGAAUUAAAUGGAGGACAGCCACCUCUUACUUAUAAGAGAUUCCAGACUUUAAUAAGUAGAAUGGAACCACUGGAGAUACCUGUAGAAACCAUCACUGCAGAAGUAAUGUCAAAGUGUACCACUCCAGUUUCUGAUGACCAUGAUGAGAAGUAUGGCGUACCAUCAUUAGAAGAACUAGGUUUUGAUACAGAUGGAUUACCUUCUGCUGUUUGGCCAGGUGGAGAAACAGAAGCUCUUACAAGAUUGGAAAGACACUUAGAAAGAAAGGCUUGGGUAGCAAACUUUGAACGGCCGCGAAUGAAUGCCAAUUCUCUUCUUGCAAGUCCAACAGGACUUAGUCCCUAUCUACGUUUUGGCUGCUUGUCUUGCCGCCUAUUUUAUUUCAAGUUAACAGACUUGUAUAAAAAGGUAAAAAAGAACAGUUCUCCUCCUCUUUCUCUCUACGGGCAGUUGUUGUGGCGUGAAUUCUUCUACACAGCAGCCACUAACAAUCCACGCUUUGAUAAAAUGGAAGGCAAUCCCAUAUGUGUGCAGAUUCCAUGGGACAGGAAUCCUGAAGCUUUAGCAAAAUGGGCAGAAGGCAGAACAGGGUUCCCUUGGAUUGAUGCUAUCAUGACCCAGUUGCGUCAGGAGGGCUGGAUCCACCAUUUGGCCAGGCAUGCUGUGGCCUGUUUUUUGACUCGGGGUGAUCUUUGGAUUAGUUGGGAAGAAGGAAUGAAGGUAUUUGAAGAAUUGCUUCUAGAUGCUGACUGGAGUGUGAAUGCAGGCAGUUGGAUGUGGCUGUCUUGUAGCUCCUUCUUCCAGCAGUUUUUCCAUUGCUAUUGUCCUGUGGGCUUUGGCAGAAGAACUGACCCUAAUGGAGACUAUAUCAGACGCUAUCUACCUGUACUUAGAGGUUUUCCUGCAAAAUAUAUAUAUGAUCCUUGGAAUGCUCCUGAUGGUGUUCAGAAGGCAGCGAAAUGUAUAAUAGGUGUGAAUUACCCCAAACCAAUGGUAAAUCAUGCUGAAGCAAGUCGCUUGAAUAUCGAGAGGAUGAAACAAAUGUAUCAACAACUGUCACGAUACAGAGGAUUAGGCCUCCUUGCAUCAGUGCCUUCUAAUGGAAAUGGGAAUGGAAAUGGUGGCCUAAUGGGAUAUUCCCCAGGUGAGAACAUUCCAGGUUGCACCAAUACAAAUGGAUCUCAAAUGGGAAUGAAUGAAGGACACGCAGGGAGUGCUCAAGCAUGUGCCAUGGGAGAAUCUCAUACAGGAACAAGUGGAAUUCAACAGCAAGGUUAUUCUCAAGGAAAUGGUAUUUUGCAUUAUGCUCAUGGGGACAAUAAAAAAACACAAUCAGUCCAGAAAGGAAGAAUAUCAUUUGGCACUGGAGUAUGUAGUGGGAAACGUCCAAGUCCAGAAGAGGAAACUCAAAGUGUUGGCCCAAAAGUACAGCGACAGAGCAGUAAUUAACUGGGUAAAAAAGAGAUUUCUGAAGGGAUGAUUGAUAGAAAACUACAUGCUUUAUCCAGCACCAUAAAGACUAAACAUGCCUACUACAGAGUUAAGGACAUAAUUUUCCAGUGGAAGAGUGGACCAAGUAUGAUUAAAUCUAACUUUCCAUCUGGCAGUAGACAAGAAACUCGUUGCCAUUCAUUUCAUGUUUCUGUCAUGUAAGGAUACCCUCAGCAUGACUUGUAUUGAGAGUUCAGUUACACUUUGCUUCUAUUUCCCCAUUAACUGUGUUUUAACUUGGUCCUUCUUUAGAACUUGCUCAGUGAUAAAACCCAUUCGCCUUUGUGUAAUAGGCAAAGUGGAAGUAUUUAUUUUGUAUAUUUGAACCUAUUUGUUAAUUUUGAUGUGAUGCUUAGUUUUUAUAUUGAGAAGGUAAAUGUUAUUUUUCAUUUUAUUCAUUGUUUUGACCUUUUGCAAAGUGUUAUUUUUGUUUCUUCCCCAGGCUUUGGUUUAGUCAUCUAUAUCAUUUGCAAUCUGCUAUUUUCUCCUUUUGUAUUCGUUUUAUGUUCUCUCUUCUUUAGAGGGGGUUAUUCUUACUCACAUGGUAGCUAUGUUGCACAUGAAUUUACCUAAGUAGUUCAUAGUGUUUUUUUCUACUGCAUAUAAGGUUUUUUUUAACUGCUUAUGAGUUUUCAUGUUGAUACAUCUGCGUGUUGGAUAGCAAAUCCAUUUGUUGUGUUUUUAGAACAAGUGGUCAAGCCUGCUUUAAAGUAGCUUUGAUCCUAAUAUGAAAUAAUUAUUCUGUUCCACCCUUACCUUGUGUUCCUACAAUAGGGCUAUCUAUUUUCUCUUCCACCCCUUGAGCAGAGUAGGGAAUUCACAGAAAGCAUUUUGCACGAAUAGUGUCUUAUACAGUUGUUUUUUGGGGGUGCCAUCUCUCUUAGUAUGAUUUCCAUACAGAGACCUAUAAAUGUCUGUACUUUCUUACUAGGUAGUACAGAGCAGACAAAUCAUUUAUUUUGCUUUAUAUGAUAAUUGUAACAAUAAAGAAUUGCUCUAGCAAUAGUUUUGAGAGCUCACUUUUAGUUCUGUGUAAAAUGUGUCAUCCACAUCUGCAAAGGCAUAUGAAAACCAGUAUUAUUUAUUACUGAACUUUGCCGCUACAUUAAAAGAAAUCAGUUUUCCCAACACACAUCCUGUAGUCUAAUCAGUGGCUUCCUGGUUAAUUUGAAGAUUAAAACUUUACAUUCAUUCAUUUGUUUAGCACUACUUUUCUGUUGAUAUCCCCCUGUAUGGGCUCAAUACUUCCUAUUAUUGCAACCUUUGAGGCAUACCAAUAGCUAGAAUUCCACACUAAGCGUUACUCAUUGUUCACAGUGUAGUAUUGCAGAAUGGUAAGCUUUUAAAGAAGUUUUGCUUUGGGGAGUUAUUUCUGUUUAUGAAGGAAAUUUGGCAUAUUGUAUAUACUCAUGUAGAAGUUCACCUUAUGCGUUAGUCACUGGCAGAUUUGGAGGCCAAAAUUAUGGAUUUUGAUAUGACCCAUGGAUAAGUCAAGAGUCAGUCUGCAGAGGAGAAGGGGCCAGUGCUGCCUCAGGGGGCCAGUAGCCCCUGGCCACUGCUGCCAUUUUGCCACCUAGGCAUUAAAAAAAUAAAAUAAAAAAGGCAGUGAAGAUAUUUGCCAGGGGAGUGGGGCGGGGUUAGUGCUUCUUUUGGAUUUUCGUGUAUUUUGUUACUUUUGUUUUUUAUAAAAAUUUAAGGCACUUUACUUACAUUGACCCAUGGAUAAGGUGACCCAAAUUUUGGGGGUCAUUGUUUUGAGUGAAUUUCUAGACUUACACAUGAGAAUAUUCAAUAUAUGCAAAUUUGGCAUUAUGUGAAACUUUAAAGAUAUAGUAGAUGCCACAAGUACUUUAGAGAUAAAAGAUUAGUCUAAUGAUGUAGAAAAAAACAGAAAAGAAAAUGAUAGAAACCCACAUUUUUGUGCACACUGGUUUGACAACAGAUUUUUAACUGGAGUUGUAUGAACCUUUACCUGACAAUAAAUCUGGGUGGAAAUCAGUGGAGCUUAUUUCUUCCUUAGUGAAAUUGUGUUGUUAGCUUGCCAAUGCACAUGUUUCUAUUAAUAUCCCUUGUCCCCAGUUGCAUUUUGGCUUUUAUUGGACAUCACAAAGUCACACUUUUAAUCUUUUUAAUUGUAUUUUUUAAUUUGUUUCUUUGAUUGAUUUGCUUAUUUAUUUUCUUUUCUCCAUUCAUCCUCAACUUGACUUUUAUUGCUACUGAGAAAUCACAGCUUACAUCUUAUGGCUCUUUCAGGCAGCUUACAUAGUUCAUUUCAGCCAUUUAUGGUUUGCAAACAGUGUACAUAGCUUCAGUUAAAUGCAGUCAGUUUAGUAACACUUCAAUAUUAAAAAAUAAAGAGAUUAUAUAAAGAUUUAUUAAUAAUUCAUUGUAUUUAUUUUUGAUUUACAGCAUUAUUGUGAAAGAGAAGCAUCUACAUCCUCAAAUUUCAGGGCAGGUUUAUUUCACUUUGCAAUUGAAUUAAAGGUUUUUGUGAGAGUACUUGUAUUAAAAUGCAUUUUCAUACAUUUAUUUUCACGCAAUUAUUGUAUAAAAAGUAUAAUUUCUUGGAAUGUAUUGUUUCUAUCUGGCAUUUCUAUGGUUUUUCAAACUUAAUGACUUUCACAAAGGGCACAUAGAGAUUUGUAAAUAAAGCAUUUGGCAAUGAGUUUGGUAACUUAAUGUAAAUAUGAGCAUUCAUGACUAGUGAUAGACUCAUCAAUAUAUUUUUGAUAUUUCAUGUAUGGCUUUCACUAAAGGCUUUAGUGGAUGUUUGUAAAAUGGAAAGAGUUCAGGAUUAUGAUACUCUUGAACUCUUUUGAGAUUUGAUAUUUUUAGAUUUUGGACAGGAUUUUUGACCUCUGACCCAAGCUCUAUCUUUUCAAAAUGCCAACUCUUGUAUGUUUGUGUAUACUGUUUGGAAAUACUGCUGUAUAUAAGUCCCAUAUGCCAAUAUUUUUCUUAAACUACAGAGUUGUCAUGUAAUAUGGACUGUCCUUGUAUUUCCCACUGUUGUCUUUAAUCACAGUGAAAAUGCCCUUGUUAAUAAAAAUGUACAUACAGCCUGUUUCACGUA